AUGGAUAAUUCUAUUGCUGCCACAAUUAUUCAAGCUCACUGGAGAGGAUUUAAAAUUAGAAAAAUUCAAAAAAAUCAACAUGUUGCAGCCUCAAAAAUACAGAAAACUGUUCGAAAGUUUCUUUUUAAACAAAAGUGUAAAAAAUAUAAUAAGGCUGCUAGAAUCAUCCAACACAACUUCAGAACAUUUAUAGAAAAACAAAAAGUAAAAUAA